AGAAUGGCGAACCACCUGAAGGACGGCAUGAACGCCGUCAUCGUCAGCCACUACAACCACUCGGGGAAGUGGGACAAGUCUCGCGGCGGCGGCGCCUGCAAGACGGCCCUGCUGCUCUUCAUCUGCGUGCUCAUCGUGCUGGAGAACGUCACCGUGCUGCUCACCCUCUGGAGGAACAAGCGCUUCCACAGCCGCAUGUACUUCCUCAUCGGGAACCUGGCGCUGUCGGACCUGCUGGCCGGCGUGGCCUACGUGGUCAACAUCUUCACCUCGGGGAGCAACACCUACUUCCUGACGCCGGCGCAGUGGCUGGCCAGAGAAGGCAGCAUGUUCGUGGCCCUGAGCGCGUCCACGUUCAGCCUCCUGGCCAUCGGGAUCGAGAGGCACAUGACCAUGGUGCGCCUGCGCCCGUGCGAGACGGCGCGUCGCGGCAGGCUCCUCGGCCUGCUGGCGGCCUGCUGGCUGGUGUCGGUGCUGCUCAGCGCCCUGCCCAGCAUGGGCUGGAACUGCCUGGGCAACAUGGCCUCCUGCUCCACGGUGCUGCCGCUCUACGCCAAGAGCUACGUGGCCUUCUGCAUCAGCGUGUUCAGCGCGCUGUUGGUGGCCAUCGUCAUCCUCUACAUCCGGAUCUACCGCCUGGUGACCUCCAGCGGCCGCCGGGUGAGCAGCCGGCCUUCGGAGCGCUCGCUGGCCCUGCUGCGGACGGUGGUGAUCGUGCUCGGAGUGUUUGUCAUGUGCUGGACGCCCCUCUUCCUCCUCCUGCUGCUGGACGUGGGCUGCAGCCCGGACCGGUGCCCGGUGCUCUACCAGGUGGACUGGUUCAUAGCCCUGGCGGUCCUCAACUCGGCCCUCAACCCUCUGAUCUACACCCUGUCGAGCAGGGAGAUGAGGGCGGCUUUCUUCAGGCUGCUGUGCUGCUGUCAGGGCGGCCCGGAGGCGACGGGGGCGACCCCGGGGGGCAACCCCAACCUGGCCACGGUCAUCCCCACGGUGGAGAACAGCAAGACCAGCGCCGGGGGCGGCAGCGGGGCCGGCAAGUCCACGCUGAGCAGGGUGGAGAAGCGCGGGGACCCCCCGGCCACCGCCGCGCCCCUCGCCACGGGGGCCGCGGACCUCCUCUCGGCCGUGCUGGGGAAGGCGGGGGCGCUGCCGGCCCUCAGCAAGUUCUGAGCGGAGGGCGACUUGCCGCGCGGACACUUUUUUUUUGGGGGGCACGCACUACGGCCAGUGUGGGAUUGGACGAUAUUCAGUCCGAACGGCGAUGAUGCAGAGGAGAGGACAAAAUCAAAAACACUUUAAGCCACUAUUUACAGACACUAUUAUUCGCAACACCGGAGUUACUGAAACGUUGGGAUCGUCCUACACUAUGAUUAAAGUUGGACAGUUUCUUAGAAAUGGUCAAAAAAGCCCAAAUUGAAUCGAUUCAGGUCUGACAGUAGACUUGGUAAUGCUUUAAACAAAAAGCAUAUAAUUAACCCUAUCAGGGUUUAUUUUAUUGUGUCGUUAGAAAUAAUGGAGAUUAACCGCUUUUUUUUGCAUGCAUUUUACAUCGCAAUUGGACUUGGUAAACUUUAUUUUCUGUGAAAACAUUUGCCACACUAAUAAUAUUGGUAUACCCGUUUUUAAAUAGUUUGUGUGAAUAGAAAACACCACGGUACUAGGACUUAAUUAUUGUUUUUUUUGUCAUGAUUUGGGAUGCACUGUGAGAGUAAAGGACCAAAAGUAGGUUUCUCAGACUAGCGGCCUCCGGAGGCUGUGACACACAUUACACACCAGAAAUAAAAAAAAAGAAAGUUGUGGAUAAAAGUCAAAUGACAGGAACAUUUAUUCUAUUAUAUUCUUACCACCAGCGGGCAAAGGCGUAAAGAUUGUCCUCGCAGUGGUGCUUCAGGAAAA